AUUUAUUUUUACCAAUAUCGGAAGUAAAAAAUAUUAUGUGUAAACAGCAUAAGAAGUGAUCGAUGCUAAGCAGUUCCAUUGUGUACCAACAUGUAACGAUCAACGAACUAAACCGUUUCAUGUUUUGCGUUUUUGCAAAAAUUAAUGCGGGAAGUUAAACACUAGAUCGCAUAUUAAAUUUAGAUUUAAAAAGGAAACAAAAACGCUAUUAAAAUAAAAGAAAAGAGAGACAGUGCCACACAAAUGCGGAAAAGUGUUUUGAUUCACAUAAAAAAUUAAUUAUCAAUACAAUUAUUUUAGUGAACUAAACUGGCCUUUAAGCAACCACGUUUAUGCAGCAAUCAUUUUAGCAAAUAAGACGGAAAACUGCGGAAAAAUUAAAAAAAAUGGACAGUAGAAGCAUUAAAAUAUUCAAGAAAAUGGUUAAGUGCAGUAAGUAGAGGAAAAGAGGCAACAUAUAUUACAACGUUGCUGAUGCGCUUUAAUACUAAUCUUUUGUAAUCUUGAAAUUUCUACACACUUCAGCACUUGUUCCGUUUGCGCUUAACUCUAAAGAGAGUAGAGCAAAUGUACAGAUUUGCAUAAGCCGCUCUCUUAAGCACUCUCCGUCUUCUUUUUAUGCGGUUUAGCACGAAAGUCAUCAGUUGUGAAUUUGUAUUUAAGCUGGAAAGUGUAAAGUGAAAAGAAACCUAUCAAAUAAUAAAAAUAUUUAAAUUGUUUAUUAAAAAUAAUAACCAUAAACUAUAAGUUAACUUUUAUAUCUUAAUAUUUCGGCAACAUGUCAACGAAAACUCAAAUCGCGGUCGUUUUUGGAAUAUUAUAUUUAGUGGCAGCGGUUUAUUGCGGUGGUCAUGACAAUAACAAAGCUAAAAGUGAACAGAGUCAACAAGAAAUUUGGGAACAGGACCUGACAGAUACAUUCGAAAUUGGAGGAUCAGACCAAGGCAUACAAAAAGUUAAUUUAAAAUGUGGUUCCAAUUCAAUGAAUGUAGUACUGGAAACAGAAAAACCAUUUACUGGAGUAAUGUACACUCGUGGUAGCUUUUAUAAACAAUCAGCUCCAUGUUUCGUAAAACCAAGUGUUAAAAAUACACGUUCAAUGGAAAUGCAAUUCAAAUUCGACCAAUGUCAAACCCUUAAGGAAGGCGAUUUAUAUUCUAAUGUUGUUGUUAUACAAAACGAUCCAGAACUCAUAACACCUGGAGACUCAGCAUUUUCGCUCGAAUGUGAUUUUAAUCAGCCCCGUGAACUGAAUGUUGAGGCAAACAUGCAAACAAGAGAAAGAAUUGCCACGGGAUCAAAGAUAACAUUCACAAGCCCAGACCCUUCAGCGUCUACAGACAGUUCAGAUACUUCAGUAUACAGUAAUACAGACACAGUAGAGUAUAUACCAAAAAGUAAUAGAACAAUGGAGAGUAUUCAACUUGUUUCGGUAAAAGAAGUAAAGGAUGAACUAUGAAAGUUGCUCAUUACACUAAAGCACAGAGAUACAAAAAUAUUUUACACAAAAUACAAUUUAUUACACAAAUAAUAAUAAUCACAAUAUCACUUGGUGAACAAAUCAACUUAAUAAGCUUGCACAUCUUAAAGGAUUUGGAUUAUUAUGAAAAAUGGACAAAACUCAACGGUAUCUUGAACUACACUUGAAACGAGCAUGUGACAGUAUUUAUGGAUUUUUCACUAUCUCUCUUAAUUCAAAAAGAAGAAAAAUUAAAAAAUCCCUUCCUGUGAUAUCGAAUUAGUUUGGUUAAAUAAAAUAAAACCU